AUGAGGGAUGUUAAUCAUUUACUCUUGCUCCUUUUCUUGUUACUCCACCCAAGUAGUCUUGCUUCAUCUUUGUCUACAAAUCCCAAAGCUACCCACCACCAAUGCCUUUAUCACCAGAAAUCUUCCUUGGUACAACUGCAAGAAAACCUUCUUGAAUACUCCUUUACUACACAUUCCUAUUCAAAAGCUGACUUGUGGGACCUGACAACAGAUUGUUGCUCUUGGCAGGGGCUUGCAUGUAAUGGUGAUGGUCUUGUGACUCAACUUGACUUGAGUGGUUUUCCAAUGCUUAAACUUGAAAACCCAAUACUUGAAUUGGUUUUCCAGAAUUUGAGUUUUUUAGUCGAGAUCAUUCUAGCUGAUGUAGACCUCUCAGCACAAAGUAGCAGCUGGUGUGAAGCCAUCUCUCCUUUACUUCCCAACCUUAGGGUCCUGACUCUGUAUAAUUGUGCCCUUUCUGGUCCUAUUUGUUCUUCACUAUUCAUUCUUCCUUCCUUAGAG